GUGCCUCAGUACAGCAGAUAAUCUCUGCAGCCCUUUCCAGUCCACACCCUGUUCCCCUGCCUCUGACGCAAACACAGCUGACAGAUUGAAUGGAGCAUAUUUGAACUUCCAUUUGCAUCUUCCUGGACAAGGGAUCCUCAUAUCCUCCCCAGAUAAAAGGCUUUAAUAAAUUUACCAGGAAGGACACUUUCAAAGCACUGUGCCGCCAUCAGCACCACGGAGAGGAGUGGACUGUGAUGCACUCGGCAAUGCUACCUGGGGACUGAGAGCCCUGAGAAGCGGGCGAAGAAGUGCACCUUGAAGCUGAUGGCGCUGCUUUCCCCCAGGUUGCCAAUGGAUUGUGCCCCGUGGAGCUGGUUGAAGGAGGGGAGGGAAUCCCGGAAGUUAGUGCUGUUGGUUGUGUUUGUUGCCCUGCUGGUUGACAACAUGCUGCUUACAGUUGUGGUGCCGAUCAUUCCUUCCUUCCUGUUUGCCACCUACAAAAGCGCAAACCACUCUUCUCUUCAGACCACAGCGAUGACGACUGCUGCCCUCUCCUCAACAGCUCCCUAUGGUUCAGGGCUCUCUCGAUACGAUGAAACCACAGUGCUCACCUUGGACUCUCAUGCUCAUCCCCCUGUGGUCCACACAAACGAGACCCAAGACAGAAAUCUUGUCCCUCACCUUCCCACGACCACUUUGCCACCAAGUAACGGUUGUACAGACGGGGUGGACUUUCUGUCCAAUGAGAACGUUCGCGUUGGACUGCUCUUUGCCUCGAAAGCCACGGUGCAGCUCUUAGUCAACCCAUUUGUGGGACCUUUAACCAACAGGAUAGGAUACCAUAUCCCCAUGUUUCUUGGAUUUGUCAUCAUGUUCCUCUCCACCCUUUUGUUUGCUUUCUCGAGUACCUACACUUUGCUGUUCAUCGCCCGAGCACUCCAAGGCGUUGGAUCUGCCUGUUCGUCUGUUGCAGGUCUGGGGAUGCUAGCAAGCGUGUACACGGAUGACUACGAGAGGGGAAAUGCCAUGGGAAUAGCCUUGGGGGGGCUGGCUUUGGGAGUGCUGGUCGGUGCUCCCUUUGGAAGUGUCAUGUAUGAAUUUGUUGGGAAGUCAUCCCCUUUCAUGAUCUUGGCAUUCUUAGCUCUGUUGGAUGGAGCUUUACAGCUUUGUAUCUUACAUCCAUCAAAGAUUUCGCCUGAGAGUACGAAAGGGACUCCGCUGUUGACCUUGCUAGGAGACCCUUACAUUUUGAUCGCAGCAGGCUCAAUCUGCUUUGCCAACAUGGGGGUUGCGAUCCUCGAAGCCACUUUGCCCAUUUGGAUGAUGCAAACCAUGUGCUCCCCAGAGUGGCAACUGGGGGUAGCUUUCUUGCCUGCUAGCCUGUCUUACCUCAUUGGUACCAACCUCUUUGGGAUGCUAGCCAACAAAAUGGGGCGGUGGCUCUGCUCACUGAUUGGGAUGGUGGUAGUGGGAAUCAGCCUCCUUUGCGUCCCCCUGGCUCAAAAUCUUUAUGGACUCAUCGGGCCCAAUGGUGGGGUUGGCUUUGCCCUUGGUAUGGUGGAUUCUUCAAUGAUGCCAAUCAUGGGAUAUUUGGUGGACCUUCGCCACACCUCUGUCUACGGCAGUGUCUAUGCCAUUGCUGACGUGGCCUUCUGCAUGGGCUUUGCUUUUGGUCCCUCUAUAGGGGGUGCUCUUGUACGAGCCAUUGGCUUUCCCUGGCUGAUGGUCAUAAUUGGCGGGAUCAACCUCACCUAUGCCCCUCUCUGCUGGUUCCUACGGAGCCCACCAGCCAAGGAGGAGAAGAUUGCAAUUCUGAGCCAAGAAUGCCCCAUGCAGAUCAGAAGCUACACCACACAGAAGGCCCUCCAGGAGUUCCCACUCACAGACAGCAGUGAUGAAGAAGCUGAGACUGAAGAAUAGGAGCCGAGAGCGAUGAGCAGAACGGAGACUCAAUCAACAGCUGCGUUGUCAAGUCAGUGC